UGCAUGCAGCCAUCUACACCCUUACAGAACCCGAACGAACGGCGGGGUUUGCGGGGUCCCAUUGACCACUGAUGGAUGCAGCUAAAAAUGCCCUGCUGAUGCGCCCCUCAGGUACCUUCCACACCACCAAACAAGCUCUCCAAAUCGACCGACAGCUGCAAACCCGGCAGCCAACCGAGGCUACCUACCUGACCAACUUCCAUCAUGAUGCCACUUCUUGGACACGGGACAGGUCCGUUUGUCAAGGGUUUCUGUUUGGAUUAUUGUGAUGUUGUUCAUUUGAAACCAUUGACUUGAUUCAAACGGUUCCAACCGACGUAGCAACUGCAACUUCUUCUUGACCAACAUGGCUCGCGCACUUCGCAAAAACCCUCUGAGGCUGUGGGAAAGACUCUACCUUCUCGCUCACCUGCUAACGAUUGACGUCGCCCAUCUAGCUCUCAACCUCGUCACCUGCGUCGGUCUCGCCGUCCUGCGCGGGAUCCCCAUCCGCCACUACUUCAAAGUCGCCUACAACCGCUUCGCCCUCGGCCGUCUCUCCCCCCGCGAGAUCCAGCACCUGAGCCCAUCAACCGCCACCAUCUACCGCAAAUGGAUCGCCUCCACCCGCUCUGCCGCCCAAGCUCGCUUCGACGCCGGCCAGGCCACCCCCGAUGACCAGUACAUCCUCGACUACCUCCAUCCCAACGAAGAAGUCCUCUCCGACGGCGACGCCUCCAUCCUCUGGGUCGGCGACCGCCGCCGCGCCUCCAAGUUCGUCCUCUUCUUCCACGGCGGCGGCUACAGCGCGCCCAUGCAGAACGGCCACCUCGAGUGGUGUCUGCGGUCUUACAUCCAAGCCGGCCGGCGUCAGGGUCAACACGUUGCCGUCGCCGUGCUGCAGUACACCCUCGCCCCCGAAGCUCGCUAUCCCGUCCAGCUCACGCAGGCCGCCGACGCGCUGGCAUACCUGCUCAAGAUCGGCGUGCGGCCGCGGGACCUAGUCAUCGGCGGCGACUCGGCCGGCGGCAAUCUAGCUUCGCAGAUCAUGAGCCACUUGCUGCAUCCGCACCCGGACGCCAAGGAGAUUGAGCAGCCCACCGGGGAGCGCAUCGCCGGCGUGUUUGCUGUCAGUCCGUGGGUUAGCGCGAGGACGAAUGAUCGGAGCAUGGGCGAUAAUGCGCUGAUUGAUAUGCUUUCACCGGUGAUUAUGGAGAAGGCGAAUCAUGAGCUCUUGGGUAAUCACGACAAGUAUAAUGCCGAGAAGAAGAGGGGUCAGGGGUGGGCUAUGCCGGCGGAUGUGGAUACGGGCGCGUGGUAUAAGGGGCUGGGAAAGUUUGUUGAGAGGGUGUAUGUCACGGUGGGCACCCAGGAGGUGUUUAGGGACCAAGGUAUUGUGUUUGCUGAGGGAAUCAGGAGGACGAAUCCGGAUAUAGAGGUGGUUUUGGAGGAGAUGUACGACGAAGCGCACGACUUCAUUCUGUUGGAAGGCAUACGGAAGGAGGAUGGGGAUGCCACUAGACGGAUGAGGAGGUGGUUUGAAGGGGUGUUCUGGUGAGAAAAGGGUAUCUUGGGAAGAGCGUACACAGGUUUGAGGGUCCAAGCGGCUCCUGCCAACGACAGACACGAUGAUUAGCAGCGUGGUGGAGCAAAGAGGUUGAUGUUGUUGUACACGUAGAUCGCAGCUUGCCAAGUGCACACCAUCCCCAAUCCGAGAUGAGUGUUACCUAUCACAACCCACUUCAUAUGAUUGGUCAAGUGUGAGUCUGGGGAAGCCUCGGUCUUUGAAUUACCCCUCAACCGGGGUUAGAUAGUAUAAAGUCAAUGUGCGU